AUGAAAUCUCCAGUGCAAGGACGUCCAUUGAUACUUUAUACGGCUUCCAGUGAUGUUGCUAUCGGAGCACUUCUCGCUCAAGAAGACGAAGAAGACAUCGAACGUCCAAUCUACUACUUCAGUCGUACAAUGAGGGAUGCUCAACUUCGAUACCCAAAAGCCGAAAGAGCAUGUCUAGCACUAAUUCAUGCAAUCCAAAGAUUUAGGCAUUACCUACUGUCAAACAGAGUUGUGCUGGUGGCCAAGGCUGAUCCCAUAAAAUUCUUACUGUCGAAACCUGCCCUAAUUGGAAGACCGGUAAAAUGUCUACUUCAGAUGUCAGAGUUUGACAUAGCAUGUGUUCCUCCAAGAGCAAUCAAAGGAAAAGAAGUUGUGGAUUUACUCGCUGCUUUUCCUGGAGAAGACAUCACAAUGCUGCAUGAAGAAGUGCCCGCGGAAUAUGAAGCCUUCCUCCUAAGGUUAUCCUUAUCCAAGCAAGCAAGAGCAAUGCACCUGGAGAUAAGAGCAGACUCGAAGUUGUUGGUCAAUCAAAUGAAUGGCGUGUACUCUCUCAAAGAAGUAACACUUUCCCCAUUCAGGGCCGAUGCACAACAACUAUUAACUCAGUUUUCUGAUGCAACUAUCGUCCAUACCGGUCGCACCAACAACAAACAUGCUGACUGUCUAGCGACUCUUGCAUCCAAAUUACAGUUUGAGGGGUCAGAGAAAUCUAUCACGGUGCAAAGACGUUCUGUAUCAUCUACAUGGCUUUCGCAAGUCAAUGACACCCGAGCGAACAAAUGGCGAUCACCCAUCAUCCAUGAAUUGAGCAGUUCUCUUACAGAAGGGAAGAUUAGCCUUAAUGAGUUGAAAAACUUCUUUCUACUACACGGGGCAUUAUAUUAUCGCAAUCCUGACGGGUCUUUGUCACGAUGCCUUGGAGAAGAAGAGGCGAGCGAGCAACUCAAGCGUAUACAUGAGGAAGUAUGCGAACAAACCCUAGUGGUCACACUUUACAGGAGGCUUCAAAUGCUCGGGUAUUACUGGCCCUCCAUAGAAGAUCAUUCAAGAAUGUUGCAAGGAUCAUGUCCCAAUUGUCAGACACCACCUCAUCAUCUGGAAGUUCUGACAGUCCACCAUACUGGGGAUUGGAGAGAACCUUACAUCAAAUAUUUUCGUGAUAACGAUUUACCAUCAGAGAGGAAAGAGGUUCUCUCUACACCAUACUACCCCCAAGAAAAUGGACAAGCGGAGAGUACCAAUAAGACUCUGAUCCAGAAUCUCAGUCGAACAGUUCACGAUAACCCUCGAACGUGGCAUGAAGAACUACCAAUGGCCCUGUGGGCCUACAGAACCGCACCAAGAAGCUCAAUCGGGACUUCACCAUAUUCUCUCAUCUAUGGUGCUGAUGCUGUACUCCCAGCCGAAAUCAAAAUUCCUUCUGAAAGGAUUGCAACAUCCAGUGGAGUGCAAUGGGACGAAGCUGAAGUAUCAAAUUUGAGAAUUUACGAAUUGGACAUGCUCGAGUCAAGGAGGUCCAAGGUGGAAAAAUAUGUGGAAGCUUACAAACAAAGAAUCUCCAGGGCAUACAACAAAAUGGUAAGACCCCGAACAUUCCAAGUAUGA